AUGACAACAAAAAUUGCUGCUGUCGCAAAUCUUGCACUGCACGCUUUUCAGCAACAUGCGGCCCGUGUAACCGUUGUAUCUACCGCUGUGCCGACCGCAACAACUCCAACUGGUUCUACUCCAAACUCCGAGCUUGCCACGACUCCUCAAUCCAGUCCCCAUUCACCCUCCGAUGGGAAGGUCACGGCGUCGGAUAGUCCUAUUCACGCACCACUGUCUAGUCCCUACCCGAAUGGGCUGUCUGACGCCUUACAACGCCUGCUAACCUCAGUGCAUAAUCUAACUCCUAAGGAUAUCGGUUUCGACAUGAGGUGGAUAUCGGACUCACAAGUGUAUGCCGCUCCUGUUGCAUAUGUGCAUAUAACAGAAAAUGAGGUUUUUUCCAUGGGUAUUUUCGUCUUGCGACCGGGAUCUCGUAUUCCUUUACACGACCACCCAGGAAUGUAUGGAAUUUUGCGAGUCAUGUAUGGCUCACUUCGUUGUCGCAGUUUCACCCCACUCCAGAAUCUUGAACCGAACCAUCCAGCCUACCCGCGUUCUUCACUAACCGAAGCGUUUCCGGGAUCCGGAUGGCAAUUUCGUGAUUUAAUUGUCGCUCGCCCGCAUCAGGAUGUCGUUCUGAAUACUGAAAGCUGUGCACAAUUGCUUACCCCUGUUGACGGCAAUCUGCACGAAGUCACCCCAGUGGAUGGACCGGCAGUAUUUUUGGACAUUUUGGCUCCACCAUAUGAUCAUGAUCUGGGUACUCGGGAGUGUCGUUUCUACAAGGAGGUGAUCCUUCCUGGAAACAAUGUGCCUACAAGGGUAUUGGAUCGUGUGUUGUCGACCGAUGCCGGUUCCGAUCAGGAGCCGGCAACUACCAACAACCUACAACAUCCAGAUUCAAAUAGUCCUCAUCGAAUGAAUGGUAUGGGAGAUAGAUCCCAGUUAAUCUACUUGGUCGAAACAAAUCAGCCUAAGGACUAUUGGUGCGAGUCCGCUGAGUAUGUCGGUCCCAGUGUGGUGUGA